UUUUGCUUCAGAUAAUAUAUAGUUUAUUACCAGUAUUUUAUUUAAAGUAUUUGUCUAUUAGGUUAAUAAUAUUAUUUGUCGCAAUGUUGCAAGUUCGACACUUUCUGGUGAUAUUUUUAUGGAUAACCAAUGCUCGGAAUGUUUCAUUACAUACAAAUGGAAUCAGAAAACUAGACAUGCAGUUUGAUAAUAUCACAUACAUGGACUUAUUAUCAAGAAGUGCGAUGCGACGAAUGCAUGAUGAACUUGAUAAUGAUGACGAUGGUAAUGUUUCAAUCAGUGAAGGAGUAAAAUUCUUUGCAGGUCAUAAGGAUCUGUUAGAAAACACUGGAGCAAAUGCAAACCUGCCUGGAUUUGUGACAGAUAUUGAUGGAAGAAUAACUGAAGCUGAAUUUUGGGACAGCUGGAUUCAAUCAAAUGUUCACAACUGGACGAAUGCUGAAAUGUUAUCUUGGUUGAAGUAUGAAUGUGAACUACCGCAGUAUUCUUUGAAUUUUCAGACUGUUAAUGUUACCGGUGCUGCAUUCCCUAUUCUUGCCAGCAACAGCAGCAUUGUAUCUAUACUUGUUGAUGGUUCGAAGGAGAACAGGAUAAAAUUAAUGCUGAAAGCGAAAGAGGUCGUAUUGUUUGGACCCCCGAAACAAAAAGGAAAUUUAGUCAAAGAUGCAUUGCUCACUUUUUCACUCGCACUUGCACUCGGCGGAAUUGCUUUUGGAAUGCAUGUACAACGUAAAGCACGGGACACAAUUGAAAAUAUUGAGGAGAAAAUGCUGGCAUUACAAAGAACUAUGGAUCAUAUGGAAGAAGAAAGUGCUAUUGAUAUGAUACCAGUUGGUCCAAUCAGACCUCAAGAAAUGGAUGAAAGAAGUGGUGGAAGCAACAGUGGUGAGAGUGAGGAUUCCUUAACCAGUGCUUCUAUGAUUGAUGGAACCAUUGCAAAUACCAAAUUAGCUGAAGUAAUGCGGGAACUCGAUGCCACCAAAGAAGCAUUAAGAAAUGCAGGAAAAAUGCCAAAUGAACUUGUUAAAUUACUGAAGACGACACACCAAGUUGAAUCCAAAUUAUUUCAAAUGAAAAAGGAUAAAGUUUAUAAAGACGUUGAACAAACAAAGUCCCAGUUUCAAAAAAUUGAACGAAAUCGUUCUUCAUUAUUUGGUAUUCUUCAAGUUGUUCAUGGAAGACAAAUGGAUACUUUCGAUUUCCAAGUUCAACAAACCAGAGAUGAAUUUCGAGAACUCCAAACAAUAAUGGAAGAGCGUAGAAAACGUUGGGCAAGUAUCGAACAAUUAUGUAAUUUUCGUAUCAAAGCUUCCAAUUCAAGAGGGAACCCUGCGAAAGGCCGUUCAUCGAAGAUGACAGUUGAUCAAGAUAUAUUAUUAAAUUUAGAUUCAAUGAGUGUGAUAUCAGCUUCUUCACAGAUUGACAAGAGUUUAUCAAUGAUGCAAAAACAAAGAACAAAUAAAACAAAAAGAACUUCUCUUCCCUCUACAACUGAUGAUGAAGAAAGAGAUGUUGUCAGUUUGAAAGAUUUUUCAUCGCUCCAUCAAAAGAAAAGCCCGACUUCAACGAAAAAGUUUGGAACUAUGCCUAGUCAUAUGAGUUCUCCUGCUCUCACAACUAAAGUCAAUGGUGUGGCAGCGCAUGGUCACAAAGAUCCCAAAAAAUUGCCGCAUUCUGAAAGUACAGGUCAGCUCGAAUCCUCUUCGAUACAGCUAACCAUUCCUGAAACCGGUAAUCAAACUUUUCCAAAACGAUCCCCACAUAACAUCAGAAAACGUGAAAAAUUGCCUGCCUCCAUGUUGUUAGAAAAUAACGACUCUGUAACAACUGUAUCAACCGACUCUCUCAGCUCGAGUCCGAGUGCAAAUAUUCCGAGAUCAAAAACAUCUGAGUUAAUAAAAUCUGUGACUCUUUCGCCAUCAAAGAGAUCUGCAAGCACUGUGUCCCUUCAAAAUUGCAAAUCGAAAGAAACUUCAGACAACGAUUUGUCACCGACAAGUUUUUCGACACUAAUUAUUGACGAAGCUAUCAACAACAAUGGAACUAAAAAUCUUACAAAGAGUUCUUCACCUCUUAGCAAAUCACCACAAUCUGUUGAAAAAGUAAGAAAGUCGAAUAUUUUUAAACGUGCGUUUUAUAAAAAGAAACAAAAGUGAAAUAAACGUUCUUAACUGAAUAAAUUCUAUGGUGAUUCCCUUUGGUAAAUCAUCAGUAGAAUGAGGUCCGAUGGGUAAAAACUCAUUGGGUCUGUAUCAGUUUUCCUCAAUCGAAUGAGUUUACGAAAGCCUCACCCAAGUUGAACAAAUGUUUUGGGUCGAAGUGAACAUUUGAGCCAUUGGAAAAUAUAAUUCACCCCGUAAUUGGGUUAGAAAAGACUCCUGGAUUUCGGAUAUAAAAUGCAUGAAUGUAUAGAUUAAUCUAAUGUUGAUGUAUAGGGGUUGAAAACACUUAGGAAUGACGACAGUCUACCAUUCACCAUCCUGUUUUUACAUUAAAACCAAGUAAUUUUUUUCAGGUUCUAUAUUGUAGUUAACCAAAUUUGCGCCCAAUAAUAAUAAUAACUAAUAGAGAUUCAAGGGGUAAAAAUUUUAGCUUCUUUUUCAUAUGUGUGAUCAUCCAACUUAUUUGAUUGUUUUUCCCUGCAGUAUUUUCUGUAGUUGACCUAACUGUAUUCCCUGAGUGGUCGAACAAUUUAGAAUAUUAAAAAUGAAGGGUGUAUGCUGCUGUUCAAUUCUUACAAAAUAGGUUAAACUUUUUGAUUUUUCUGCUACUCUAAUAUUCAUGCUGAAUGUGUUAUGCUCACUAUGUUUGUGCAAUUCUUUGCAGCAGUGUACGUUCAUUUCGUGCUUCUAAUGUGCUAAGGGUUGCUUUUUGAAUAUUUUCUCUUAUCUGUAUCUGAUUGUAUUAAUUCCCUGUUCUAUGUGAAAGAAUGUAUUUUGAUGUUACAAUAUUAUACUCUCCGUAAACAUGGUUAAAGCUUAGUAUCGUCUUUCCAACAUAUCCAUCCAGAAUAGCUAUUAAUGACAGGACACUUUUGUUUCAAUCCGCUUGCUUUCUAUAUUUAUUGGAUAUUUUUCGAAAAAUUUGAAUGCUGAAUCACCCUUUCCAUCUUGGGCAGUUUAUCAGUACAGUUGGUUAUGGCUUCACCAACUGAAUUCGGUGUACUUGGGCUAUUGCAUUGUUCACGAUACUCUUAGAUCCUUUGAUUUUCAUCAUCUUAAUUAAGGUUGAAUAUUGAAUCUUAUUUUAAAUAAUUUAUUAAUAUAUCCGAGGUGCCGAGUGUGCUAAAUGAAAAUAAUUGACACUAGCAAGAUGAGUAUGACUGUCUCGAUAUUUUUACUGGUAUUAAAUUUCCUGAACACUAAGCAGUUCUGUAAUACUAACAAAGUGUAUUUCUUGUACCUGAAUGAGAAAAUCUUUAGUUUAACUAUUGUUUAUUUAUUGAUGAUUCGUAUUUUGAUGCGAAUAACUAAAACAUUAACUUGAUAAAAUAUUUUAUACUGAAGCAAUAUAAAAUUAACAAAAUCUUUUUUUAUUGAUUGCUUCAUUUCACUGCUAUAUAUAUUUAUCUAUUGUUAUAGUUCUCACCCAAAGUCAACUGUUACUGGUGUAUUGCAUUCAAACACCCAAUGUUUUGCAGUUCAUUUGCUGCUUCGUUAUGAUUAAAAUAUGAUCAUACAUUACGGAAUUGAUAACAAUCAGUGAAUAUCUUUCUUCCAAUUACUACUUUGUAAGCAACCUCAAAUGUGGAUCAACAGUGAAAGCUGUUUCUAAAAUUAAAAAAAAAUCUGAUUAAAAUUAAGAUAAUGCUGUGAAUAACUAGCUUUAGCUGAAUCUUAUUUUAUGAUAGGAUAUUGAAAAUAAAAUCUAUUCAUCUUUUUUGAAUACUGCGAUAAGAUUCAGAUCAUCUUAACCAUCUAAGUAUGUAUUAUUAACUGUUGAAAUUCUCUUCAUAUGGCAUAUGUGGAAUUGUUUCAGAUAGUUACCAUUUAUUCAAACCAUUUUUCAAUCGUUGAUUUCCUCAGUCUUCUACUUAUUAGUGAAAUCUAGCACCAAAAAAAGCUACGAGAAAAUAAAAUUUUACAAACUUCAAAAUCAUAUACAAACAUGAACACAAAAAGUUGGAUAUCGUAAUCUAGUUUUUUCUGUCUAGUGGAUCAAUUUUUAGUGUUACGCAGUUUUUUUUUUCAAGAACGUCAGGGUGAUGGAUGUUCUUCUAGGGUAGACUGGACCUUGAAUUCACUGAGUAUUUUUGCAUUUGUCAGAAACAAACCAAUGUAUUACCUCUACUUAUUUGGUCUGAGAUAUCUUUUAUUUUUAACGUUAUUUCACCUAUAUUAGGUCCGAGAUGUAUUUCUAUGUCUAUUAAAUCUUAAACACAUACCGUACAUCUCCAGUUACUGGUUUCUCAUAUUCACUGCUGUCUUCGGUUGUCGACGCAAAAUUAUCCAACCAAUUCAUGCCUCUAAACAUGAUGCAAUCAUAAUCAAAAGUAUUAAUGGUGCUAGUCCAUAGCAUGCACUUUUCAAAACUAAAUUUUAUCCCAUUUACUUUGUAUAAUCUAAAUUAGGAAGUCUCAUAGAAAUUCCGUGCAGUCUAAACAGCGUCUUAAUCUGAUUUUCACAACCAACGUUUGGCAAUUUUUACGAAUAAAACCAUUAUUUUGGUUAAAUUCUCAUGGAUUAAAUGAAAUCUCAUACUGAAGUCACGUCAAAUAUAAAAUUUAACCCUUUACACACUUGAAUGCUGAACUGUCAAGAUAUACCGUAUAUAUCCACUGGACCUUAGCAAAUUGAAGUGGAUAACCGCUUUUCUUUUCAAAAUUUUGGGUAUUGCAUAAAACUGCUGAAAUUGAAACAAAGUAUAUAUUUUUACAAUUACAUGAUCACACUGUAUAAUAACCAUGACAAAAACAAUGUAUUAUUGGCUGGUGUUGGUGGUUUCGUUUGUUAAUUUGGUAAAUUCUUUAUAUUGGUAAAUGAAAUAGUAUCAUGUUACAAAAAUGCUUUCUUUUCAAAAUUCGAUUUCGAAAGCUGUAUUACACAAUAUCUUGGAAUUAGGUCCAUUUGGAGAUUCGUUAGGAAAUUAUAUAUUAACUAAGUUCUUUUGGGAAAGAUUGUAUUGAUAUCUGUAACAUAACUGUGGUAAAAUCAGUUAAAAAUUAAUAUGUUUUGAACCAAGGUAAUAAAAAAAAGGCAUGCAAUAUUGGGUUUUUCUGUACUUUAAAUUGGAUACCUACUCCCUAAAUUGAUUGAAUACUCCAAACCUAUUUGCCUCUAAUGUAUGGCGGUUUCGUUAUUGCUGGUCGGUUACGGCUUCCACCAUCAUCCAAGUCCACGUACUCAGAAUAAUGGGGCGGCCAACAACUUUUAUUUCUGCUAUGCUACGAUUAAGCUAUUAUACUAGCAUAUACUAUAAUACCUUUCACCGUUCAUUCUUUGAAUUUGAUCUUUAGGAGCUCUCAUCCCACAGUCUGACCAAACUAGACAUCAUAUUUUUCAUAACUGAUUAGCCUGUUAUCAAUGUCAUAAAUGGCUACAUGAAUAGCUGCAUCUUUUUUUGUCUCACUUGUUCUUGAAUGUAUAUAUUUAUUGUUAUAUAUUCAAUGCUGAUGGAGAAAGUACUGUAUGCAUGUGUGAAGUUGUCUCAUGCGGAAAAAUUUACUGUAAUGUUCGUUAUUCCAAAGAGUUAUGAUAGCGCGACCUAGCGAUAACAUUCUGUUUAUCUGUUGCUGGUAAUAUUUCUAGAAAUAUUAUAUUAACAAGAAUAUGUUUAUUAUUGAAAUAAAUUAUAAAAUGUUUCAGA